AUGACAAAUCAAGCUGAUUCUGCAUCAUCAAAAACAAAAUGUGACUUUGUACUUAAUAUUAAUGAUCCAAUACCUGACGGUACAAAAUUAGCUGCAACAUUUAAGGAUUGUACAAUGCGUGAAGCUAAUUCUGUAACAGCUUCCGGUCCUAUUGAUAGUUCUUGUUAUGCAAAAGUUUUCAUUGAUUAUGAUACAAAGAUGAUGUUAGUUGAACUAACUCAUAUCAGUGCUGCACAAUCAGUUUUAAGUUCUUAUGACGAUAUGUUUGGUGUUGAUACUGGUAUAAGAAGUGUUGUACAAUACAGAAUCAUGGGUAACUUAAAAAAUAAAACUAUAUUCAUAAGAAAACGUAUUCAAUGCAAAACAUAUGAUAAUUGUGCACUUGAUAAACUUCGAAAACUUUUAUCGAAUUUGACCAUAAGUGAAACACGAUUGAAUAUAUUCAAGAAAAAUAUGAAGUUAUUAUACACAUCUGAUUCAAUAGGAGUAUCCGAGCUUAGUUGUAUCAAUAAUUAUACCGAUAUAAUAUGCUUAACUAAUGAAUAA